GCGCCCGCCCACUGCGCGGCGUGGGCUCGCGGGCGGUGGGCUCGGGGACGCCUCGAAGGCAGGGCGUCCGACUUCUCUGCGGGAACCCAAGCCCGUGGGGCGGACGGAGCGAGCGCGCCCCAGCCGCCCCGGACCUUGCGCUCAUCCCCCCGCGUACCCCACUUCUGCACAAACUUUUCUGACGCCCUUGCCCGUGGGGGUCGCGGAGAGAGCUAGGGCUGCCCGCUGGGCGCCCGCCCCGCCGGACCCCAGCCACGCUAACCUCCAGCCUCUCGCAGCCUCAGUGGCGACCUCUCCAGGCCGGGCCGGGCACCGCACUCGCGGCGAGCGCGGCGAGCACCGUUGCCCUCCGUAGGCUUCCGCGCCCCCCGGGGCAGCUAGGCGGGGUAAUGCCCUCGGUGAUGGAGAAGCCGAGCGCAGGCUCCGGGAUCCUGUCCCGUAGCCGGGCUAAGACGGCGCCCAACGGCGGACAGCCCCACUCCGAGGAUGACAGCAGCGAGGAGGAGCACUCCCACGACAGCAUGAUCCGCGUUGGAACCAAUUAUCAAGCCGUAAUUCCAGAGUGUAAGCCUGAGAGCCCUGCGCGCUACAGCAAUAAGGAGCUCAAGGGGAUGUUGGUGUGGUCACCUAACCACUGCGUGUCAGAUGCCAAGCUUGACAAGUACAUUGCAAUGGCCAAGGAGAAACAUGGCUACAACAUUGAGCAGGCUCUGGGCAUGCUUCUAUGGCACAAACACGACGUGGAGAAGUCGCUGGCCGACCUGGCCAAUUUUACCCCAUUCCCCGACGAGUGGACGGUAGAGGACAAGGUGCUAUUUGAACAGGCCUUUGGCUUCCAUGGCAAAUGCUUCCAGCGUAUCCAGCAGAUGCUGCCCGACAAGCUGAUCCCCAGCCUGGUGAAGUAUUACUACUCGUGGAAGAAGACCCGCAGCCGAACAAGCGUGAUGGACAGGCAGGCUCGGCGACUGGGGGGCCGCAAGGACAAAGAAGACAGCGAUGAGGUUGAAGAGGGCCGAGGAGCUGUUAGUGAAGGAGAGCCAGACACUGGAGACCCCAAGAGAGAGCCUGUGCCCUCUCGGCCCCUGAAUGCCCGUCCAGGUCCCGGGAAGAAGGAGGUCCAGAUGUCUCAGUACCGCCACCACCCGCUGCGGACGCGCCGGCGCCCACCGAAGGGCAUGUACCUCAGCCCCGAGGGCCUCACUGCGGUGUCGGGGAGCCCAGACCUUGCCAACCUCACACUUCGAGGCCUCGACUCCCAGCUCAUCUCCCUCAAACGCCAGGUGCAGAGCAUGAAGCAAAGCAACAGCAGCCUCCGCCAGGCCCUAGAGGGCGGUAUCGAUCCGCUCCGCCCCCCUGAGGCAAACACUAAGUUCAAUUCCCGCUGGACCACAGAUGAGCAGCUUUUGGCUGUACAAGCCAUCCGUAGGUAUGGCAAAGACUUUGGGGCUAUUGCAGAGGUGAUUGGGAACAAGACUCUGACCCAGGUGAAGACUUUCUUUGUGAGCUACCGGCGCCGCUUCAACCUGGAGGAGGUGCUGCAGGAAUGGGAGGCUGAGCAGGAUGGGGCUCCCGGAGGCCCGGUCCCCAUGGAGGAGGCUAGGAGAGGGGCUCCCCUACCAGCCCCAGCCCUAGAGGAAGAUGACGAGGUCCAGAUUACAUCUGUCUCCACAUCUGUGCCUCGGUCGGUGCCCCCUGCACCCCCGCCUCCCCCGCCUCCCACUUCACUGUCUCAGCCACCCCCGCUGCUGAGGCCACCCCUGCCCACGGCACCCACUCUGCUUCGCCAGCCGCCCCCACUACAGCAGGGCCGCUUCCUCCAGCCCCGCCUGGCCCCCAACCAGCCCCCGCCACCGCUCAUCCGCCCCGCUCUGGCCGCCUCCCGCCACAGUGCCCGCUCGGGCCCCCAGCCCCCACCGACCCUGAUUGGAGCCCCUCUGGAGCCCCCAGCACCCUCACUCUGAGCCCUGAGAGCCAUCGCCAACCAGAGGGAAGGCUCCAGAACCCCUUGGGGUCGACAUCCCUGGGCACCUCCGGCAUCACUGAGGGAAGA